UCAAACUUGAAGAUACCAAAAGUUUCAAUUUGAUCGGGGAGAUGGAUUGUUAUGAAUCCGGCAUGAAAUUAUCGAAAUUGCAGGAUGGGGAAUCAGAUACGAAGAAGCGCAUCAACAAGAUACUUAAACAAGUGACGGAAUUGCAUGAGAAGAAACCGGCGACGAACAAGCGCACGGCAAAAAUCAAUAUGAUAAUCGACCUCCUCAAUCAAUUGAAAGAGGAGGAGGAAUCAGAGGAGGAGGAGGAUGAUAAACUCGAAUCGAUGAAGAAAUUGGAAGAGGAGAAGAAACUUGAAUUGAUGAAGAAAUCGGAAGAGGAGAAGAAACUUGAAUUGAUUAAGAAAUUGGAAGAGGAGUAGAAGAAACUUGAAUUGAUGAAGAAAUUGGAAGAGGAGGAGAAGCUUUUGCACUACUUGGGGAGAAGGGAGUAUAGGUGUGGAUGGUGGAAUCUCGGUCAGGGGUUCGCCGGAACGGCCGUUCCGGAACGAGGGCGAGACGUGGCCGGAAAACGGCAUCGGAACGGCACCGGAACGGUCUGAACGGCUCUGGA